AUGCAUCGACUUUUUGCUGAGCUGGAGCCAUCUGUAACCGUCACCGAGCAAAACCUGGCAGACCGAGUUCGGUAUAUCUUGCGCUCAAAUACAUUUGAUGUUACCGAACUCGAACGGCUACGACGUGAGGCUGUUCCUUCAUCGGGUGAAAAUGCUGCGGCUGAGGAUGCGGCGCUACAACUUGCUGAGCAAACGGCAAAUGUAGAUGCCGCCGUGAACACGCCAGUUGUGGUUGAUUUAGACGAUGAUGGAACAGUCGCCCAGGAACUGGAACUAGAGCAAAUGAGGAGUACAUUGGAAGAGGCGAUUGUGGAAACGCGCAGUACGGCUCUCAAAAAUCGACCGCGAUUUCCCCGCUUAGCCCUAAGGAAGCGGAAUCGGGCUGUCGUGAGGGCUCUGAACCCAAUGCUGGUUACCUAUUUGGAAGCCAGCCAGGACCUUUGCGAGACGGACUCAAUUCUUUUUGGCGUCGCACUGGCAGUCUGCCGUAUAAUAGGCGCCAAACUUUCCACGGCUGGACGCGCUACUGGACAAAGUAGUGCUAUCCCAGCCUGGAGAAUAAGAAUUGAAGAACGUAUCGCAAAGGCUAGGGCCCUCAUCGGCAGACUGAUAUGCUUCAGGUCAGGCAAUACCAGGCCAAGGAUUGUGCGCACCGUCAGGAUGGCGUUUGCUGGGACAAAUGUUAGUUUGUCCCAGCCGGAUAUAACGCAAAAACUGACGGAGCGCAUAGACGACCUGAAGCAAAGAAUCGCUGCUUGGGGAAAGCGGAUUCGGCGAUAUACCGAGAGGUCGACACGGUUCAACCAGAAUCGUCUCUUCCAGAAUGAUCAGAAGAGGCUCUGUAAAUCAUUGGAGCGACCAAUGAUUUACAGAUUUACAGCGCGUAAAAAUGUCGGGGCGGCGGUCGUGGAACCAAGGAACCACUCCUCAUUGACGCGGUCAUUGGCAAAGUGGUGA